UCCCCGGGAGCUCAGUGUUAAAGGCCCCUUUUAGCCCACGAGGACGUUCGUUCCCCGAGCUCCGGGCCGCGAGCAGAAGCCGAGGCCAGGGAGGGGGCCUCAUUCGGGCUUCUCCUUGGUCAAGCACACACGUAGCCUGCCCGCUCUCCCCUCCUAAUGCGGCGAUGGCCCACAAUAAGUGCUCUCCGAGUGACUCGCGUGUCACAACGGAGCUCGAACCCUCGCUCUGCUCUUAAAGCUGACCUGGGAAACUUUUGUUCCCGGAGUAACGCGCGCGCGCCCUCGUCCCCCCCACCCGCAACCUCUCCUUUCACGCUCCAGCCCGCGGCCCGGGGCGGAGUUAGGGGAGCAGGGCGGAGACCCAAGGGGGAGAGGCGGGGUCCGGCGUGGGAGGCGGAAGCUGAGGGCACUGAGGCUGUCGGGGAUCGGACUUUUCUGGAAGGAACUGCGGAAUUUUAGGCAUUUGAAAAGGACUGGAGUUUAGAGGUUAUCUAGCUGAUAAGGAAACUGAGGCGCGAGGGGAAGUGAUUGACCCCAAAGUUACAGGUGAAGUGCCUUCUUCACUAGCAGCAGUGGUGGGAAACGCCUGCUUUCCAAUCCAGAGCUGCAUUUGGGGGUUCCUCCAAGGCCCCCUCUCAUGGGCCAGACUGCCCUGGCAGGGAACAGUGGGACCAGCAGCACCCCGCCCCCAGCCCCCGCGUACCACGAGUGGUCCUUCCCGGAGGGACUGGAGGAGCUGCUGUCAGCACCCCCGGUAGACCCGAGUGUACAGCAGCUCCAUGGCUGGAACCCCAAGGACUGCUCCGAGAACAUCGAGGUCAAGGAAGACGGGCUGAGCUUUGAGCGAAGGCCGGUGGCUCAGAGUACCGAUGGAGCCCGGGGCAAGAGGGGCUACUCCAGGGGCCUGCAUGCCUGGGAGAUCGGCUGGCCGCCGGAGCAGAGGGGCACCCAUGCCGUGGUGGGCGUGGCCACGGCCCUAGCCCCGCUGCAGGCGGACUGUUACUCGGCUCUGCUGGGCAGCAACGGGGAGUCUUGGGGCUGGGACAUCGGGAGGGGGAGGCUGUACCACCAAAGCAAGGGAACCGGUGCCCCUAGAUAUCCCACAGGGCUGGGGGACGAACGUCUGGAGGUGCCCGAGAGACUGCUAGUGGUUUUGGAUAUGGAGGAAGGAACUCUGGGUUAUGCCAUUGGAAGUACCUACUUGGGACCUGCCUUCCGAGGCCUUAAAGGAAGGACCCUCUACCCCGCUGUCAGUGCUGUGUGGGGGCAGUGCCAGGUCCGAAUCCGCUACCUGGGGGAGAGGAGAGCGGAACCUCACUCCCUUCUUCACCUGAGCCGCCUGUGUGUUCGAGACAUCUUGGGGGAAGCCCGGCUGGAUGAGGUUUCUGCCCUGCCUUUGCCCUCUGCCAUGAAACGGUACCUGCUCUACCAGUGACUCCACCUUCUACAGACUUGCCUAUGCCAGGGGCCCAGAGCCUCAGCCAAAGCUUUGCCUAGGGCCUGUUUCUCUUAAAUGAUAAUAAUGUUACAGUUUUGUAUUAGUUUCUAACUGGGACUGCAGAUUUCCAAAUAGGGAGGUGCCUGAUCAGCAAAGAGGAUGUUUUGUUCCCCCAUCUUUGGGGCCUGCUCAGAGCAAGACAUUAGCACAAGGCUGGCAUUCAUUCAUUGUCAUCCAUCACCUAUCUCCCACUCCCAAGUCCCUCCCCCCACCCUUACUGACUGGAAAGUAAGAUUCUUGCUAGAAACUG